GAGAAUAAGAGGCCUUGAUCGCGCAGUCAAGACACUAGCCAUCUACAAGCCAUGGGCCAAGGACAGAGCUCCAUCCCGACGACGGAGGUGACGGCGCUCGUGGAUCUCUACGACGCGCUGAACGGCGACCGAUGGCGGCGACGCGACGGCUGGAAGCAGCCCACGCGUGACCCGGAGCAUUGGUACGGCGUCAAGGUGGUCAUGGGCCACGUCGUGGCGCUGGAGCUGCCGGCAAACGAGCUGAGCGGGUGUCUGCCGGCUGCUAGUCUCGCGCAGCUACCGCAGCUCCGCGUGCUCGACUUGUCCAAGAAUCAGCUGCGCGGGGAAAUCCCGGCCGAGCUUGGAACGUUGUCGAGCCUAAAGCGCGUGGAUCUAAGCUGCAACGACCUCACAGGCGCCAUUCCGCGCCAGAUUGGCGACUGCGGCCAACUGCAGGAGCUCAAUUUGUACCAGAAUUCUCUGUCCGGCUCAAUGCCCAAGGAGCUGGGCAAGCUGCAGAGUCUGAAGACUUUGCAGCUGCAGCACAACAACCUGUGUGGAGCUUUACCCGACGCUCUGUGUGAGCUUUCACAGCUCACCAAGUUCAGCGUGCGGGGCAACUGCCUCACGGGCCGCGUCCCGGUAGAGAUCGGCCGCUUGCAGUCGUUGGUUUUCCUGUCCCUGCGCAACAAUGAGCUGACAGGUGUCAUCCCGCCGUCCAUCGGCUGCUGCAAGGCGCUCGAGUUCCUCAAUCUGUCUAGCAACCAACUCAGCGGACCUAUUCCCGAGACAUUGGGAGACCUGGAAGACCUCGAGUAUCUCUACCUGUUCGACAACGCCCUUGAAGGCCGCGUGCCGGGCAGCAUCGCGCGGCUUAAAUUCCUUAAAGAGUCCGACUUCCGCGACAACCGACUGCGUGGCGAGCUGCCCAACUUCCUGGACGGUUGCUCUAGUCUCGAGGCCCCAGGCACUUACCGUGCACAAGCAAUCAACGAUAACGUUGAUGAGGGAUGCGACGUUAGCACAGACGCUUGA